GUGGCUCCAGGAUCCAGCAUCCAACAUGUGGCAACUCCUGGCCUCCCUCUGCUGCCUGCUGGCGCUGACCAGCGCCCGGAGCAGGCCCUAUUUCCACCCCCUGUCAGACGAGCUGGUCAACUAUGUCAACAAGCAGAACACCACGUGGCAGGCCGGACACAACUUCCGCAACGUGGACAUGAGCUACCUGAAGAAGCUGUGUGGCACCUUCCUGGGUGGGCCCAAGCUGCCCCAGAGAAUGAAGUUUGCUGAGGAUAUGAAGCUGCCUGAGAGCUUCGAUUCACGGGAGCAGUGGCCCAACUGUCCGACCAUCAAAGAAAUCCGAGACCAGGGCUCCUGUGGCUCUUGCUGGGCCUUCGGGGCUGUGGAGUCCAUUUCUGACCGGAUCUGCAUCCACACCAACGGGCACGUCAGCGUGGAGGUGUCUGCGGAGGACCUGCUCACCUGCUGCGGCGGCCAGUGCGGGGAUGGCUGUAACGGCGGCUAUCCCUCCGAAGCUUGGAACUUCUGGACAAGAAAGGGCCUGGUUUCCGGCGGCCUCUAUGACUCCCAUGUAGGCUGCAGGCCGUACUCCAUCCCUCCCUGCGAGCACCACGUCAACGGCUCCCGGCCCACGUGCACGGGCGAGGGAGACACUCCCAAGUGCAGCAAGACUUGCGAGCCUGGCUACAGCCCGACCUACAAAGAAGACAAGCACUACGGAUACAGUUCCUACGGCGUCCCCAACAGCGAGAGGGAGAUCAUGGCCGAGAUCUACAAAAACGGCCCGGUGGAGGGAGCCUUCUCUGUGUACUCGGACUUCCUGCUGUACAAGUCAGGAGUAUAUCAGCACGUGACUGGAGACAUGAUGGGCGGCCAUGCCAUCCGCAUCCUGGGCUGGGGGCAGGAGAACGGCGUCCCCUACUGGCUGGUCGCCAACUCCUGGAACACUGACUGGGGUGACAAUGGCUUCUUUAAAAUCCUCAGAGGACAGGACCACUGUGGAAUCGAAUCAGAAGUGGUGGCUGGAGUCCCACGCACCGAGCAGUACUGGGGAAAGAUCUAACCUGCCGGGGCCAGUCCGGCCAGCCCUGGGGGAGUUGCUCCCUAAAUUUAGCCACCUGGGCUGGGGAUGAGAUGGGGUAGAAAUAUCUUUUAUUCUCUGAGUUCACAUAAGAUACAAGAGGUUUUAGAUGGGGCCUGCAGGACUGGAUUGGGCCAAACCACGCAUCUGCCGUCGGAGCUGCCUUCCAAGGAGACGCACCCAAGUCCCAGCUGCCUCCCAGCCUGUUCGGUGGACUGAUGGUCACAGCGCAGACGUCAGACCAUGGAAGCCACUGCUGAGCACACAGUGCACCCUUCCCCCGAGACUAGUGCUGUAGUAGCGCCUGCGGCCCUCCCCGCGCAUCUCCAGGAAGCAAGGCAGACACCUGGGAACGGAAGGCGGAGUUCCUAACGAGACGGCCAGUUGCCACCUGUGAGAAGUACCUCUGAGCACGCAGCUUUCUAGAUUUGUGACAGGUUCAGAGAGGUGGUGUGGCAGCCCUUCCUGGGGCCCUGCAUCUAUGAAGCUGUGCAAUGCAACAAACCCUCUCUGGUCUUGUCCUUGGCAUGAUUCUUUUUUAAUAGAAAUUUUAUUUUUUGUGCACCUCAGCUGAUCAUGUGAACGAACAAGUCCAACAGUCGCAAGAGCUGUGCUGCUUUACAGAUCUCCUCCUGACGGUGUGUCUUGAGGCACCACGGUGCCGAUGACUCGCUUCUGACCUACCGACCUCCACUACCAGAACUAGUUUGGGAGAAACCAGCUUUUACUGUUCUUUCAAAAUCACUGCUUCACCCUGUCAAUUUAACAAGGAAUGUCUGUGCCAAUAAAAGGUUUCUCCUUCA